AUGGUCACUAUACUUGUUCACAAAUUUGCUGCUAGAGGCUUGCCUCAUCUCAAAUACUCGCUCUUGGUCAAGACCAUCAAUGCCUCGGGCAUGUUGGUUGUGCUCAUGUUGGUUGCUAUGUUGUUCUGUCGCUAUAUGGAUCAGACUAAGAGCAAAUGCUUUCAUGGCGUAAUACUCAACUGUGACUCCAAUUCACAAUUGGACUUGGAAGCCCAGAUUGAGAGCCACGAAGCCUCAUUUGACGUUGCUGUUACUGUAGCUCAUUCUACGGGCUCCAACGCUUCUGGAGCUCAUUCUGUUCCGGUGCCUCGUGUUUCGCACCCAAAGCGUUCGCAACAGGUUGCGAUAGUUGAGCUCAGAACUCAAGCCUUGCGUUUGAACUAUCCACCUCAGAUGGAACGGUAUCUCAGCAACAAGAGGCUCUACGAUGGGCUCAUCAGAUACAAAAGACGCUCCAACCGUGUCGAGGUGCUUCCCUCCAUUCCAGAGUGUACUCCGAUACGCCGGUCUUUAUUCGGUUAG